CAGCUGUUGAAAUGUCUUUCUCCUCCGCUGCGGUCACAGCAGCCAAAGCAGCGAGAGAGUGGAGUGUGUGUGGCAGUCGAAUCUGGGACUAGCAGCAACUCUGUUGUCUUCAGGCAGUUCAUUUUUUGGUUUGGUCCAGGACCAACAUAUAGGAUCAACUGGAGAAGGGAGACGAAGAAGCAGUGAACGGACUGUUUUUUUUCUCUCUCCUUCUCGCUCUCCCUCUUUUUAUUUUUCAUCAGCGUCCUGGUGGAUCUACUCUGGGAUUUCUAAACGAGGCGAGGAAGUAGACAUGCGUUUUGACUGGCGUUUCUAUUCCAGGUUCUCUCAGAUUCACUGACUGAGUACAAGGGGACACAAUAAGUGAGAAGCUGAGCUCGAUCAGAGGAGCAUAGGAAGCAGGCAUGAGUGCAGGAGGCCAUCACGCCGUGGUGACCACCCCUCCCACGCCCAGCGGCAGUGGAGGACCCGGUGGUCCUAAGGAAAGAUACUUUGACCGCAUCGACCCCAACGACCCCGAGUACCUGAGAGAGAGGAACAUGUCACCUGACCUCAGACAGGACUUCAAUAUGAUGGAACAGAAGAAGAGAGUCACACAGAUACUACAGAGUCCUGCCUUUAAGGAUGAGUUGGAGGGGCUGAUUGAGGAGCAGAAGAAGAAAGGCAACAACCCCACUGGUCUCCUGGCCCUCCGACAGAUCGCUGACUUCUUCAUGUCUUCAUCCGUGGCUGGCUUCAGCACCUCACCCCUAAGCCUUGGAAUGGUCACUCCCAUCAACGACAUGUAUGGAGUGGAGUCUACCACUCUGGUGAAGGGGGAGAAGCAGACACGCUGCAAGCUGGCCAGCCUCUACAGACUGGUGGACCUGUUCAGCUGGGCACACUUUGUCACAUCACACUCCUACAUCACAGUCCGAGUCAGCAAAGAGCAGGACCACAUCCUCAUCAUCCCCAGAGGACUGUCAUUCGCUGAGGCGUCCGCAUCCAACCUGGUAAAGCUGAACAUCAUCGGGGAUGUGAUUGACCAGGGCUCCACCAACCUCAGGGUUGACCCGUCAGGCUUCAGCCCCCACGCUGCCAUCUACUCCAUCAGGCCAGACGCUCGCUGCUGCGUCCACGUGCACACUCCUGCCACCGCCGCCGUGUCGUCUAUGAAGUGUGGCAUCCUGCCCAUCUCUCAGGAGGCCUUGAUCCUGGGUGACAUCGCAUACUACAACUACCAGGGUAGCCUUGACGACCAGGAGGAACGCCUGGCGCUGCAGAAGGCCCUCGGACCCUCAGCCAAGGUGCUGGUGCUGAGGAACCAUGGAGUGGUGGCUCUGGGGGAAACCAUCGAAGAGGCCUUUCAUUACAUCUACAACGCUCAGUAUGCCUGUGAAAUCCAGGUGAAUGCGGUCUCGUGUGCUGGCGGCGUAGACAACCUGAUUGUGUUAGAUGCUGAGAAGUAUAAGUCUCGGACCCAUGCGGUGGCCGAUGCAGGGUCUGUCAACAUGGGAAGCCCACACAAGUGGAAGGUGGGAGAGCUGGAGUUUGAAUCUCUCAUGAGGAUGCUGGAUAACCUGGGCUACCGGACUGGCUACGCUUACCGCCACCCCAUCGUUCGGGAGAAGCCUCGGCACAAGUCCGACGUGGAGAUCCCGGCCACGGUGACGGCGUUCAUGUUCGAGGAGGAGGAGGGCGCCGCGCGGCUGCCGUUUAAGUUCCUCCAGCAGAGACAGGCCAGGGAGAAGACACGCUGGCUCAACAGCCCCAACAGUUAUAUGAAGGUUAACGUGGCGGCCGUGGACGAACGCACCAGGACCAUGGUCAGUACUCAUCUAUAGGGAGGGUUAACACUC